AUCAGUGGGUGUUUCUGCAGAGUCUGUGACACUGACAGUAACCUGCUCUAACUGUGAUGGACUGGGCAGUGUCAGCUACACGUGGGCCAUACACAAAGAUCAAGUGGGGGCGCUGCCUCCUCAGCUUUGGGAGGGUCAUGCUGUGUUGAACAGUGACAAGUUAACACUGACUUUACCUGGAUACUUCUUCAACCCAUUUGAGGUCUACAACAUCAGUGUCACAGCCAUAACCAACGCUUCAGCUGUGGGUUCUGCUUUCCACGUGAUACCAGCCAGAGAGGACAAGAUGUACAUAACGUCCAACAGCAACAGCAGCUCCGUCCCUGUAGACAGCUACAUAACAUUCCUGCUGCUGGUCAGUGAUUCCAUCUCCUCCACAUCAGUGGACAUCGGUGGACAAGACUCCUGCAUCCCCGUCCUUCAGACUCUCACACCAUCAGCCAGAAGUAGCUUCCCUCUCUCCACCUUUCUACUGUCUCCAUCCACAGAGGGACUGAAAUAUGCCUUGUUUGGGAGGCACUUGGGAAGUCAUGGCAACUUGAUCAUCAAUGCAUCAACAGCUAGCCCCACACCCAGUCAGUCUUUAACAUCACUGGAUGUAGUGUAUGAGAAGAUGGAGGUUGGCCAGUGUACUAAUGACACCAUUGUGAAUGGAACAUCCAGGAGUAUUCAAGGUGCUCCUGUGUACUUUAGAAGCCGUGAUUUGUACUUGAGUCUGACCAGUACAGUUUCCUGUGUGUUAACCUCCCAGAACUACAACUGGACAGUGAUGUCUUACAAAGAGGAAGAUACCAGUAUGUGUUAUAGAGAGGAAGAUUUUGAAGAUGUCACCUUGGUUGUUGGCAGUUUGACCAGUGAGGUUCUUCACAUCUCUGCAGGGUCUUUACCUCAGGGUUACUACAGAAUAGGUGUGACCUUUGAAAAUCAUGACUCCCAUUCUUCUGUUGGCACCAGAACUCUUUAUGGUUUUCUCCAGGUUGUGAAUGAGCCCCUGAUUGUGGUGAUGUCCCCCAGCGUCACACAUCUGGUCCAUGACAGAAAUCUCCCUCUUGUCCUCAAUGCCAGUGCCAGCUACAACCCCAAUGUUGGCCUUCACACUACAAUCAGGUUUUCAUGGCAUUGCCAAAUGGAUGGUCAGCCCUGUGACUGUGUGCCUGGGAUGUGGCCUGGUGUUGGAAAUGACACUGAAAUAAUUCCUCACACUGACCCAGUACUGAGGAUUGAAGGCCGACAUUUGACUGUAGGUCAGAACUACUCCUUCACUGUGACCCUAGACUCAGACAAUGUGACUGGCAGCAACCACACUGUCUUGGUGAUGGCCACUGGUGAUGUCAGUCUUCAUUUUAACAUCAGAUGCAUCAUCAUCCUUUGUACAUAUGUUUCUACUCCGUCAGUAGCCAUUUUACCUGUUUCAGAUGCAUAA